GUCAGGCUGCAGCCCAGCAGCACUGUGGCUUGGGGGAGGUGAGAUGUGCCUGGGGAUAUUGCUCUGGCUCCUAUUGACAGCCUAAACCUUUGCCUUCCAGGUCCCUCCCUCCAAGUCGGGCUGGUACUUCCUUCCAGUGUGGAAAUUGAUCGGUUGAAGUUAUGCAUUUGACCUGCAAGAGCCACGCUGCCGGUGCUUCGGGGAUCCUGUGAACUGGAACGGGAAAAGAGCCCGCCGGCAGGUGGAAUGGGGCAGCCAUGAACGGCGAUGCCCUGUGCCAGGAGCCCUCCUCCCCGCUCCCCGACUGGAGGGAGUUCUGCAAGCUGCACGCCCAGGCAGCCGCCGUGGACUUUGCCCAGAAGUUCUGCCAAUUCCUGAAGGAGAACCCCCACUACGACACUCCCGGGGCAGAGACCUCCUUCUCCCACCAUUUCACCGCCAACUUCCUGGACAUCUUCAGCCUGGAGGUCAGCCGGGUGUUCGUGUCUGACUCGCCCACCAAGUACAACAUCGUGCCCUUCGUGGGGCUGCAGAACUGCCACGUCCCCUACGGGCGGGAGGUCACCCCGAGGAAGGAGGAGACAUCCACGGAGUCUCUGGACAGCAUGGACGCCCCGCUGGGCGCCAGCCGGUACCUGACCCCAGCCCAGCAGGUGCAGGCUCACAAGGUCUCCUCCUACGGGCAGUCCCGCAGCUCUGAGGACGUGUCCAUGCACGCUGCUGCCAAGCCCAAGUUCAAGAAAGGCUUCUCCCUGAGGAACAUGAGCCUGUGCGUGGUGGAUGGGAUGAAGGAGAUGUGGCACCGCAAAUCCUCUCCGGAGCCGGGCGCCGAGGCUGCCCUGGGCGGCCGCAGAGCCGAGAGGGAGCCGUGGCCAGCUGGGGGCAAGGAGCCCGGGGACCCUCGGGAGAAAUGGACACACAAACUGCGCCUGUCCAAGGUGCCCUCGUCCAAGGUGGAGCUGGUGGACAUCCAGAGGGAGGGGACGCUGCGCUACAUGGUGGCCGAUGACACGAACUGUGUGGGCAGCUCGCAGUGGCAGAAGUGCCGCCUCCUGCUGCGCAAGGCGGUGAAGGUGGAAGGAGAGAGGUUCCUCCUGGAGUUUUAUGUCCCUCCAAAGGCUUCCAAACCCAAGGUGAGCAUCCCGCUGUCAGCCAUCAUCGAGGUCCGCACCACCAUGCCCCUGGAGAUGCCUGACAAAGACAACACCUUCGUCCUAAAGGUGGAGAAUGGGGCUGAGUACAUCCUGGAGACCAUCGACUCCCUGCAGAAGCACUCGUGGGUGGCUGAUAUCCAGGACUGCAUCGACCCUGGGGACAGUGGGGACGACAUUGAGCUGGUGUCCUGUGCACAGGGAGCCUGUCUGCCAGGCAGGACAACCUCGUCCAGCUGCGAGUUCCUGAAUGACGAGGUACCCAGGCCACCAGACAGAUGUGCCCUGCCCAGCGCUCACAACACUGCCAUGGCCACCGCUGUCCCCGUGCCCCACGGCCGGGGCAGGGACUCCCUGGGGGAGCUCCUCACCCACGUCCCACUGGAAAGCUUCCUGCAGACGCUGGAAUCCUCCCCCACUGCUGGUGGGCAUCUCACAGGGGAGGACAGCGAGGCCGAGGCUGAGAUCAACCUGUCUGACUUCCCCUGGUUCCACGGGACUCUGUCACGGAUCAAGGCAGCCCAGCUGGUGCUGUUCGGGGGUGCCCGCAGUCAUGGAUUGUUCGUCAUCCGGCAGAGCGAGACACGGCCGGGGGAGUACGUGCUGACCUUCAACUUCCAGGGGAAAGCCAAGCACCUGCGCUUGUCACUGAACGAGAGCGGGCAGUGCCACGUGCAGCACCUCUGGUUCCAGACCAUCUUUGACAUGCUGCGCCACUUCCACACACAUCCCAUCCCGCUGGAGUCGGGCGGCGCGGCCGACAUCACCCUCCGCAGCUACGUGGUGGCCCAGAGCCCGCAGCCCGACACCGGCCCCCCGCCACCCCUCGUGCCGCAGCCACCGGGCUGCAGGGUCGACCUGCCACCUCCACACUACUUCUGCAGCACAGCACCCACGGGCCCGCCGGUGCCACCGCCCGCUGAGGGGGUGGCCGUGGCCCCCACUGUCCCGGUCCCCGCACCCUACCACCGCCUGGAGGGUGCCCUGGGCCCUCGGAGCCGCAGCGACAGCGCCGAGCGCCGGCCGGAGCCUCCUGCUGCCAGUGCUGAGGACUACCACGAGGCUGACAGUGCCCGGAGCCGGACCCGGGCGGUGGAAAACCAGUACUCCUUCUACUGAGCCCCCUGUGCUGGGGG